UCUAGUAAGAGGGUGGAGCUUGGGGGCAGUAUAACUCGGGUCACUUGUGAGUUUCACUUUUUGCGUGCAAACCAGGUCAGUGGGAUACCUCAUACUGAGAGAAAAGAGCUCAGGCCUGAGGAGAGUGACCAACGCUGCUUCGCCUGGUGGCCACCCCCCAUUGUGGAGCCACAUGGAUUCCGUUGGGCCGGUAGCGUUGUGGCAAGGGGACGGAGCUGUCCAGGAGGGCUUGCCCUGCCCGCCAGGCAGCUCUGAGCUGGUGCAGCAGUGCUUGCAACAGUUCAAGGUGACGGGGGCACAGCUGAGGCAGAUCCAAGCCAGCCUCCUGGGCUCCAUGGAGCAGGCGCUGAGGGGGCAGGCCAGCCCUGUCCCUGCUGUCCGGAUGCUGCCCGCAUACGUGGGGUCCAUCCCACAUGGCACUGAGAAAGGAGACUUCGUGGUGCUGGAGUUGGGAGCCACAGGGGCCUCACUGCGUGUUCUGUGGGUGACUCUGACGGGCCUUGAAGGGCACCGGACAAAGCCUCGGAGCAAGGAGUUUGUGAUCCCCCAAGAGGUGAUGCUAGGUCCUGGCCAGCAGCUCUUUGACUUUGCUGCUCGCUGCCUGUCUGAGUUCCUGGAUACGCUUCCUGUGGGCAGUCGGGGCCUGCAGCUUGGGUUCAACUUCUCCUUCCCUUGUCACCAGACUGGCCUGGACAAGAGCACCCUCAUUUCCUGGACCAAAGGUUUUCGGUGCAGUGGUGUGGAAGGCCAGGAUGUGGUCCAGUUGCUUCGAGAUGCUAUUGCACGGCAGGGGGCCUACAGCCUCGACGUGGUUGCCGUGGUGAACGACACGGUGGGCACCAUGAUGGGCUGCGAGCCGGGCGCCAGGGCGUGUGAGGUCGGGCUCGUAGUAGACACUGGCACCAAUGCGUGUUACAUGGAGGAGGCGCGGCACGUGGCAGCGCUGGAUGAGGACCGGGGCCGAGUCUGCGUCAACAUUGAGUGGGGCUCCUUCGACGAUGAUGGGGUCCUCGGGCCAGUGCUGACGACCUUCGACCACACCCUGGACCAGGAGUCCCUGAAUCCCGGCGCCCAGAGGUUUGAGAAGAUGAUUGGGGGCCUGUACCUGGGUGAGCUGGUGCGGCUGGUGCUGGCUCACCUGGCCCAGCUCGGGGUCCUCUUUGAUGGCUGCACGUCCCCCGCCCUGCUGAGCCCAGGGGCCUUUCUUCUGGAGCACGUGGCUGAAAUGGAGCACCCCUCAGCCGGGGCAGCCCGUGUGCACACCCUCCUGCAGGACUUGGGCCUGAGCCUGGGGGCCUCGGAUGCUGAGAUCGUGCAACACGUGUGUGUGGCUGUGUGCACACGCGCUGCCCAGCUCUGCGCCGCUGCCCUUGCCGCUGUCCUCACCCGCCUCCAGCACAGCCGGGAGCAGCAGACGCUUCAGAUCGCCGUGGCCACCGGAGGCCGAGUGUUUGAGCGACAUCCCAGGUUCCUCAGUGUCCUGCAGGAGACGGUGAAGCUCCUGGCCCCCGAAUGUGAUGUCUCCUUCACCCCCUGUGUGGACGGGGGCGGCCAAGGUGUGGCAAUGGUGACCGCUGUGGCUGCCCGCCUGGCUGCCCACCGGUGCCUGCUGGAGAAGACCCUGGCGCCGUUCCGGUUGACCCUCAAGCAGCUGGCAGUGGUGCAGGCACAGAUGCGGGAGGCCAUGGUCAAGGGGCUCCGAGGGGAGGCCUCCUCCCUCCGCAUGCUGCCCACUUAUGUCCGGGCCACACCUGAUGGCAGCGAGCGUGGGGAUUUCCUGGCACUGGACCUCGGGGGCACCAACUUCCGGGUCCUCCUGGUACGUGUGGCCACAGGAAGCGUGCAGAUCACCAGCCAGGUCUACUCCAUCCCUCAGUGUGUGGCCCAGGGCUCUGGACAGCAGCUCUUUGACCACAUUGUGGAUUGCAUCGUGGACUUCCAGCAGAAGCAGGGCCUGAGCGGGCAGAGCCUGCCCCUGGGUUUCACCUUCUCCUUCCCGUGCAAGCAGCUCGGCCUCGACCAGGGCAUCCUCCUGAAUUGGACGAAGGGUUUCAAUGCAUCCGACUGCGAGGGCCAAGAUGUCGUGGGUCUGCUGCGAGAAGCCAUCCAGCGUAGACAGGCAGUGGAGCUGAAUGUGGUUGCCAUUGUCAAUGACACGGUGGGAACCAUGAUGUCCUGCGGCUAUGACGACCCCCGUUGCGAGGUCGGCCUCAUCAUUGGAACCGGCACCAAUGCCUGCUACAUGGAGGAGCUCCAGAACGUGGCGGCCGUAGCCGGGGACUCAGGCCACAUGUGCAUCAACAUGGAGUGGGGCGCCUUUGGGGACGAUGGCUCUCUGGGCACGCUCAGCACCUGCUUCGAUGCAACUGUGGACCAGGCGUCCAUCAAUCCUGGCAAACAGAGGUUUGAGAAGAUGAUCAGCGGCAUGUACCUGGGGGAGAUCGUCCGCCACGUCCUCUUGCAUUUGACCAGCCUUGGAGUUCUCUUCCGGGGUCAGCAGACCCAGCGUCUUCAGACCAGGGACAUUUUCAAGACCAAGUUUCUCUCUGAGAUUGAAAGCGACAGCCUGGCCCUGAGACAGGUCCGAGCCAUCCUGGAGGAUCUGGGGCUGCCCCUGACCUCAGAUGAUGCCCUGAUGGUCCUGGAGGUAUGCCAGGCUGUGUCCCAGCGGGCCGCCCAGCUCUGUGGGGCAGGUGUGGCUGCCGUGGUGGAGAAGAUCCGUGAGAACCGGGGCCUGGAAGAGCUGACCGUGACUGUGGGGGUAGACGGGACCCUCUACAAGAUGCACCCCCACUUCUCCCGUCUGGUGGCAGCCACUGUGCAGAAGCUGGCCCCUCACUGUGCCGUCACCUUCCUGCAGUCAGAGGAUGGGUCGGGCAAAGGUGCGGCCCUGGUCACCGCUGUAGCCUGUCGCCUGGACCCGCUGGCCCAUGUCUGA